CGCGGUGUGACAGAGGACGGAGCGGAGUGAGGAGAGCAGCGCGGAGGACAGAGCAGGACAUCCCAGAGCAGGACAUCCCAGAGCAGGCUGCCUUCGGACUCAAAGCAUCUCCAAAGCCUUGUCCUGCGUCUGCACUCCCCCAACAGGUUCCAGCUCCAAGACCUUUCACGGGGCAGAUUUGCAGCUCAGAGAGAAAAAACUCUCACUGCGGAGAUGGUUUUGUCCAGGGAGAGAGAGGCUGAGCGGCCGCCGCUGUCGGUCAUCCUGCCGCGGCUCUACCUGGGAGCGGAGAGCGACGUGACGCAGGAUCGGCUCUCUGCUUUAGGCAUCUCCUAUGUGCUGAGUGUGAGCCGCUGCAGCCCCCAGCCCUCCUUCCUGCCCCGCUCCAGAUACCUCCGCAUCCCCAUCGACGACUCCUUGCGGGACGACCUGCUGCCCUGGAUCCCACAGGCACUGCGCUUCAUUGAUGGAGCCAUGUCCUCUGGUGCCUCCGUGCUCGUUCACUGUGCUGCGGGAAUCUCUCGAUCUCCGGCGCUGGCAGUGGCCUACAUCAUGUACAGCCUGGGGAUGGACCUGGACCACGCCUACAGGUUUGUGAAAGAGCGCCGCCCCUCUAUUUCCCCAAACUUCAACUUCUUGGGUCAGCUGCAGCACUUCCAGGGCACGCUGAGUCAGAAAGCCACCAACGGCAGCCUCACCAUCCAGCCGCUCCCGUCUCCGGACGCUGGCCUGCGGUCUACCACUGAAAGCAUCAGCCACACCUCCCCUGGCAAACUGGUUGCCAAUCAGAGCACGGAUUAUCAGGCCAUUAAUGACUCCAGAGAGGCUGAUUCACCACGCAGAGAGAAUUUAUACAACACAAACAAAGCGGAGCACAGGCACUCUCACUCAGGUGACAGUGGAAACCCGCGGCCUCUGACGCUUUCUCUGUCAGGAAAACUCCGGACUCUCAAUCUUACUGUCAACCACAACAAUCAGGAAGUCCAGACACCAUGCGAGGCUCCGGCCCUCAGCCACUGUGAGCCAGUUAAACCAGCACCAAAGCCCACCAAACUACAACUCCCAGUAGGCUCUCCCUCUCUGCUGGAGAAACGGAAGAGCCUCACCCUCUCGUUGUCCCCCUUGGGAGGCUGCCCCCUGGCCCACGAGCAGACCACACUGAGAGCGAACAGCGGCCAGCCAAGCGGGAGCACUUCAAAAACUGUCCGCAAGAGCGAGAUCGGAGCCAGGCACGAGGCAAAAAGGCAAAGUGUCAGGUCUCCAGCAGGGGGCGCUCCGCCCAGCCAGCCGGCGGAGCCCCAGAGAGAGUGGAGCUCCAGAGCGCCACAGAGCAGGCUGGAGGGCGAGCAGCAGGGCCUGCUGUCGCCGCUCAGCCUCACGCUCAACAAGCUGCUGGGCUGGGGGGAGAGGAUGCUGCUGGGCACCCUGCUGGCCGCCCCUGUCAGGAUGGGACAGGCCGCGCUGCCCUACAGGUGAUGGGACGGGAACGGAACGCCGACAGGGACUGUGGCUGCUGGGAGAGGUGUUUAAGAGAACUGUGCAAAGGACCUGAGGAGCUGAUAUUCAGGAUAAUAAUGCGAGUGUGUGUGUGUGUGUGUGUGUGUGUGUGUGUGUGUGUGUGUUUCUGCCUGUCUGUGCAUGUGUGUGUGUGUCCUGUCACAGGAACCAAAAUGCAUGUACAAUACACAUCUAUAUAUAACAUUAGUUUUUUGGCUCAUCAGGAACUCUGAAAGAAUUCUUUGUCUUCUAUCUAUUUAUUUCUUGUCGAGCUGUAGAAGUCUGUAUACAUGAAAAUCUACUAGAAUAAACCUCCAAACCAAAUACAGCGUUUUGAUUUCCAGUUGACUGAUAUUUAUAAGAUUGGGGAUAUAUUGAAGGUUGGAUUUUGGCAAAAUGUAUUAAUAAAGGCGACAUUUCAAUCAGCCCA